AUGUCGUUCGAAGGCGGCUGCGCAGAUGGCCGCGGAACGAAGUCGUUGCCGACACCGCCGCGGUCGGCCGUCGCUGCCGUCAAGGUUGGGGCCUCCUCAAAAAUACUGCUGCUCGCGCAGAUGCUGCUCUGUGUGAUGGGUAUCAACCUGUGUUUUGGUUGGUGGUCCAUCAAGCAGGAACGCGCCAUCACAAAACCCUACUUCAUAGCUGACAGUGCCUUUGCUGCCUCGAUGGCUGCCACUGCAGCAUCAGCUCACGACGCGCGUCGUGCCGCGGCGGUGGCGGCAACGAAGUCGAAUGCCCCGCCUGGCAAGCCGCACGCCGUCUACCUGUCCACGGUGUACGGCAUCAGUCUGACGCAAACGUUGGCAGGGGUCAUCGUGAGCGCAGCGCUCGUGGGUAUGAAUAGUCUCCUGCGCCGCUCGAUGCGGAACUACCAGCAGCGAUCCGACCGCCAGCGUGGCGCUAAGGCGAACGCAUCGAACGCACUGGAUCAGAAUCAGUGCACCGUGUUGAGUCGGCGAGACGUGCAGGAGAUGUUGGCCAUGGGCUUUUCCAACAUCUUCGGCACGUCGCUCGGCUACGCCGCCAUGCGCCGCAUCUCCUACCCCGUCGCGCUGACCGCAAAGAUGGGCAAGAUGCUUCCCGUCAUGUUUGUCGGCUUUGUGUGGUACCGCGCGCGUUACCCAGCCAAGAAAAUUGCGUCGUGCCUGCUCAUCACCGGCGGCGUCAUCGCCUUCUUUUUGCUGGAGUGUCGCAGCAACAGCUCCGACAACGCAUCCUCUGCCACCACCACCACCAUCACCGGCGGCGGCGGCAGGAGCAGCAGCGGAUCGAGCGCAAAACACGGCGCGGCGUCAUCCUCGUCAUCUCUCCUUGGCAUGGCGCUUCUCCUGCUCAGCCUGCUCAUGGACGGCUACACGAACUCGACCCAGGAUAUCCUCGUCAAGCGGCACCGGUGGAAUGGGGUGUCGCUCAUGAUGCGGACGAACCUCGCCUCAGUCUUGUGUGCCCUAUCGCUUCUCUUCGUACUGGAGCUGGGGGAACAGCCUUGGAGCUGGCUGGCGUCGUUCACGCACCACGCCACGAAUUCGGUGAUGCGCAGCCUCCCCAUGUCGAACGGCGCACUUGGUCGCGCACUCGUGGCUUGGCUGAAGCGCGCUCGCGGAGUCUCGGCCACGUCGGUCGUUCCGUUCCACGACCUCUCCCAUUUUAUCGCCUUCCUCGCGCACUGCCCUGAGGCGCGCCACGACGUGUUCCUCAUGAGUCUCUUGAGCGCACUUGGGCAGCUGUUCAUCUUCCACACAAUCACCGUCUUUGGAACGCUGGCGCUGACGGCGAUGACGCUGCUGCGCAAGAGCGGCAGUGUCAUCCUCUCCAUUGUGGUACAUGGGCACACUGUGCACAGCGCGCAGUGGGCCUCGCUCGGCGCUGUCUUCAUCGGGGUCGUUCUCGAGGGCUACAUCAACAUUCAAGAAGCCUCGCUCAGGCAGGGGCAAGCGACCACGAAGGGUGCGGCGCCGCAGGAGGCUGCAGCAACUGCGAGUCCAUCGUCGUCUAGCACGGCUGUGCCCGCCAACGGGACACCGGCCCCCGGAUACGCGAGCGUCAGUGCGAAGAAGAGCAAAACAUCUGACGAUUCAGCAGCGACAGCGCUGGCGAAGGUGCGGGUGCCCCGUGCCGUUGCCGCCACAACCGCUGCACCCGCCUCGUCGCCACCAAAAGCAAAGAAGACGCAGUAG